CGACGGCGUUGACCGGAAACCGUUUUGAUUAUUUGAUCUUUGUAACUGGGAGCGAAGUGUCCAAGGAAUUUCAGACUAUAAAAACCCUCCUAGUUCUCCAUUUCUCUUCUCUUGCUCUCUUUCGAUAACCGGUGCUCUCUUCUCUGCUCGGAUAUAGAUUUGGUUGAAAAAUGGGAAAAAGGAAAUCAAGGGCAAAGCCUCCACCUAAGAAGCGAAUGGACAAGCUUGACACUGUAUUUAGUUGUCCUUUCUGCAAUCAUGGGACGAGUGUUGAAUGUCGCAUUGAUAUGAAGAACUUGAUUGGUGAGGCUAUAUGUGGGAUUUGCCAAGAGAGCUUUAGCACUACCAUCACAGCUUUAACAGAGCCCAUAGACAUAUAUAGCGAAUGGAUUGAUGAAUGUGAAAGGGUGAACAACCUUGAAGAUGAUGGUGCUUACAGAGCUGAUUAGGUGGUUUGUCUGAGAGAAAGGCUUUAAGAAGUCAUGUGGGAUCCAAUCACAAGGACCCUUUGUUUUAGUUGUGAAGUCUACAUACGUAUGUAUAGUAACUAUUGGUCCAUCCUAUGCCUUGAUAACAUAUAUUUGAGUUUUAAGGAUGAACAACUUGUGCUAAGCUGGCUUUGGUAAUAAAAGUGGAUAAACUGAUGUGCUAGGUUC